AUGGAGAACGACGAGGUCAUGGAGGAGGAUAUCAGGUACGAGCAUUCAGACUCGGAGCGUAGCAGCUCUGGCCGCAGCUCCGAUCCUAGCUCAGAGGACGAAGAAGAGAACACCCCCAGUUCUGCCAGCAAUUUACCUGCCAGUAAAUUUACCAACGAACAAGCUCGAGAUGAACACUCAACGGGAGCUGCCAAAGAGGAAAGGGGGAGGGGUGUUGCGAUAAACGAGCUGGUUGGGCCAUUGAUGGGGCAGAUUCCUGCCUCUACAGGCACCUCAGAAAGUUCUGUGGUGGCAUGGAUUGGGAGGAUGCAGGAACAAAAGGGGCGGGUAUUGCAGAUUGCUCGGGACUGGCCUCCCAAGAUGGGCGCAGACAGCAUUCCGUAUAAGCUCACGCUGUUAUGGAUGUCGGGGCUGACACCACCCGACAACAACCGCUCCAUCUUUGAGUGCCGCGUCGGCGUCAGCCUCUUCGACGAGACCUCCGGCGCUUUCUUUGGCAACACGUGCCAGGGGGUCUCCCGGCCCUGGGUGGCGGCCCCCCCGGAUGUCCGCGGUGGGGCGGUGAGCAGCUGUCGCUUGGAACAGGACGUGUUCUUCCACACCAGAGUGGUGGACCCUAAAAGUGUCCUGGUAGUCGAACUGGUCGCCGUCGAGAAGAAUAUCCACGGGGUUGUGCUUGCGGAGUACGGCCUCGGCUGGUCCACCAUUUCCCUCGCCUCGGAAGCGCGGCCCACUCCGCCCGCAUCACUGCUCCCCGCUUUUGGCCUGGCACGUGAGGGGGCCGAAGUGCAACUAGCAUGGGUCAAGUCUGGCACGCCGCGGUAUCUCAUGCUGCGGGAUCUACCCCACGUGGCCCCCCCGGAGCAGAUUCCCGGUUGCGUCCUCGCCUACGAUUUGUCCCGGUACGACAAAAUCGCCCCGGCUAUGUCGCUGCUGCGAGAGAACGAGCUCGUGACAGAUCGGGAGCUUGUACCGGGCAUCCUGCGCGUGGGAGCAAACGGCAAGCCGACGCGCGCGCUCAAAGACGCGUUCUCGACGAUAAGAGAGCCCGUCAUCAUGCCCGCUGCCAAGGUGUUGCUGUCGAACCUCCGGCUGCGGUUACCGCCCGGCUUCCACGAGCUGCUCGUCACCGGCUCCGAACCGGGGGCCGAAGGGCGGGGGAGCGCCGCUCUACCGGGCCCAGAGGUCGCCCUCGCAGAGCCGGCAGGACCGCCCGGGGGAGAGCCCCGAUCCAUGUACCAGCUGCGAGUGUCGGUGCACAACGGGCGGCGAUUCACGAGCUACGCCAUGUGCACCAAUCGGCUGCGCCGUUUUCCCGGCAGUCCGGACCUGGAACUCGCGGACACGCUCGCGCUGUCCGGCGUGUCCGAGGACGCUGACGUGGCACUCGUGCUGGAGCUGGCGUUCACGGGGCCCCUCCCCUGGCAAACCACCCACGAGUGCGACGACUGCGGGCCGGACGGCACGUGCCGCAUCUGCGCACAGCUGGCGGAACCUCUCCCUCUCGCUUGGGCCCCCUUCUUCCCAUUCGACACCACGUGGCGCGUCAGGGACGGGCCACAUGCCGUUCAGAUGCGCGGCGGACCCGGCGCUUGGCCGCGUGACCAAUUGAUUCUCGACUGGGCCGGAACUCUUUCUAAGCAAAUCCAGACUGGCGUACCGACUCUAGUUGCCGAGUUCACCCUCCAAACCCUGGGCCGCGUCGGCCCAAACCUCGAUUUCUCGGAGGAUACGCUAUCCGCUAGAGAACCAUAUAGUCAGGAGCACGCAAGCUUUGAACCGUCCAAUAUACCCGUGAUCCCCUUACAGAAUCGAAGAACCACGGUGACGUCAGACGAAGCACGGGCUCCUCCUGCCACGUCAGCGUCUGACAGGCCACGUGACAGUUUCCCAGAAGGACGUCCGACUCUUCAACAAAACCCGCUUCGAACCCGCGAAGUUGCUCUGCCUCGGUCGACGACCGCGGCCGCGCCGAAAUGCCUAAACCCCGAGCAAAGCACCCGCAACAGCUCCUACACCUCGACCACGCAGUAUACUCCAGAGCCGCUGGAGCCGCCACGUGUCAGGGCCACCAGCCCCGAGGUUUUGGCGGAAAGAGCCGCACGCGCGGCUGCCGAAGCGACGAAAGCCGCCGCGGCCGCGGCCGAAGGCGCGGGGCGGAAAGUGCGCGAGGUGGAGCUGAUGGCGAACGCGAUGAAGGAGCAGCUGCGCGCGCUGACGGAAGCGGUCAGCCGAAUCGAGUCCGUCGUGACGUCACCGAAAAGCAAGGGUGCGGAGGAGCAGUCGGAAGCCUCGAGAGCAAAUACGAAAGGAAGGGAAGCUAGAAAAGAGAUGGGAAGGAAAGAGCGGCGAAUACGCGCAGCGGUCAUCAUCCAGAAGUAUACGCGGCGUUUCCUCGCGCGCCGGCACUUAGCGCACCUCCAACGCGCAGAAACUUGCAUUUGCGAGCUCGAGCAGAUCCUUCCAACCAACUCAAAGCACCGACGAGAGAGCGAUUCCGCGAGGUUUAAGGGCGGGCUUACGGAGCCCUCGCGGGGCGCGGCCGCGCCGAGCCGCGCGCUGCGCGCGCAGAUGCACAAGGCGGGAACAACCGCGGCUCUCCCCGAGGAGAUGCGCGAGGUUUUGGGGCGGAGGGAGAGCGCGCGCGGGCGUGACGCGGCGGGCGCGCGCGCGGAGCCGGUUGACAUGGGCCUCGAGAUGAGGGACGAGCGGAGUGUGAAUGAGGUCGUGGUGCAGUUUUUGGCGUUUACUCCAGGGACGGUGCUGAGAGGGGGUCAGCCCAAGUCUGUGUACUUCACUUUUCAGCUAUACGACUUCCCCCCAUGUACGACGGAAACCGUUCCCCUAAGCCCCGCCGCGCGCGCGCCCGGCGAGCCGAUCCUCCUCGCCAACGGCAGCCCAAACCCCUCAAACCUCCUGUACAAAUACCGCAUCGAAGAGGCGCCCGCGGCAGCGCGCGAGCGGCGCGCACACUUCGUCGACUACCUGCGGUCCAAGUCUCUGAGCGUCGACGUGUGGGACGGCGACUCGAUGCUGCAGGUCGGCACUGUGAGUGUCGCCCUCGCGGGCCUGCUGCGGCAGGGGCGGGAAGUCGCGGAAGUCCUGUGCGACUGCCACGUGGAGCUGACGUCAGCUGACGUCGGCGGCGCUAAUUCUGGGGAUGCAACCACGCUGGAUCAAACGACUGGGAAGAUUUUGAUACGGCUGGUAAAUAUGGGACGGCAUCCGGCGGGAACCGUGGGCACCGGCCAGGAUCAACGGCGGAGGAGCAGCCACGUGUCGUCCGGCGACAGGCGGAAGAAGACGGAGAAAGUGCGCGUCUUUCCUUCGGCGGAUCUGGUGAAGGUGCGGCUGGCGGCCGGAGACGCGACCCGGGACACUUUAGGAAGCUCUAGAGGUUCCGCCGGCGAGGAUUCGCAGAGGGACGCGCUAGAGAGUGCGAGGGCGCGGAAGGAGGCACGGCGCGCACGGCUGCGCGAGCUGCUCGCGGAAGGGAGCGGGCGCGAGGCGCCCGGUGUGAAUAACCUCCGGGGCUGGAAGAGUUUGCCGGCGGAUAAGGGGAGGGAGUCGGACGGAGACGAAGUGAAACGGGUGGACGUUCUGCAUAAGACGGCGCCGAUGAAAGGGAUUGGGGAAGAAAUGGAUGCGACUGCAAGGGAGAAAGUGCUUCGGGAGAUGGAGCGGUCACGGAGUAUGAGGAAAGCGCAGGUGAUCCAAGAGAAGCUCCGCGACAGUGCAACCAGUCGGCGCACCAUCUAUCCUGCUUACGGCGAGUUGGCGUUCUUCGAAGAGGAGUUCCGUAACCCAUACGGGCAAGAGGCAGUGUUCCGGAUAGAGUGCAGCGACCCCGAAAUGCAACUCAUACGGGACGGCCAGGAGUGGCGGGACUUGAGGUCCGUAUCGACAUCGAACGCGAGCGGCCCGAUGCCCGAGGAGGACCUUUUCGACAAGGAGGGCCACCUCUUCCUGUCGCCCCACGAAUCGUGUCGGCUUGCGUUAAAGUACCAGAGCGCAUCUUUCCCGGACGAUACCGGACCGCGAUUCGGACAGGUUUCGGACGGAAACGGUUUGGACGUUGGAGGUGCUGAAGGGGGGCCCAAUGAGAGCAGGACACGUGGCGGCAGGACGGGGCACUUAUUGGAGGACCGGGGAGAAAGCGACGAAAAAGUGGUUAAAGUCUCGUUAGUGGCGAUCAAAGACGGCUGGCCUGCGGACGUACGGGAGGUGGCGGUGCGCUUCGGACCGUUGGUGGUCGAUCGGACAUUCAGAUUUUAUCAGGCCGAGCACGACUUCCUCAAAGCGACGCUCCCGCUCGCGCGCGCGCCUCCUGCGGCCUGCGCGCGCAGCAGCGACCCACGGGUGAUCGUCAGCCUUACGGACAGUUCCGCGGGCGCUUCGGACCGGAAUCUGGACGGCCCGAACGACGGAACGGGGGUGCAUCUGAAAGUGAAGUGCGGGGCGGCCCCAGAAACGGCGCAGUUUUACGUGACGGUGUACGGGGACCGUUACAUGGGCCAGCUGCUCGCCACGUGGCGCGUUUUCGUGCACUCACUGAGGCGGCAUGAUAUCGGCGCCACGUUGGGACAGACCACCCGGAGCACCCUGGUGGUGAAGGGGGGCCACGUGACCCGCCACGUGGCAUGCUACUGCACGGAUCCACGACAUCUGGAGAUACGGCCGCCGGAGCUUGUCCUUCCGGCCGGCUCGCUGACGGAACUGACGCUGGCGUACAAGCCCACCGGAACGGAAAAGCAAGCGAUCCGGCUCCACGUGGUCGACACGCAGAGCCGUCAGCUGGUGGGAGCGUAUAUGAUCGCAGCCAGAACGAGUUUGCCGCAGGCUUCCAAGAUGUUCGAGGUCGAAGUCGCGGCCGGCACAGUUGCAAAAAAGAAGAUCAGUUUCACCAACCCGUACCCGCACCCCAAGCUCUUCUAUCUCAGCUCGUCCCAUCCGCAGCUGAUCUCGUUCCGUCCGGCUGACGUCCUCGACGUCCCGGCGGACGGAACGCGCUACAUCGGACUCACCGUGAACGGAACUGCCGUGAGGGGAGCGCGCCUUGAAGAGGUGCUAAUAUUCGUGAACGAUGCGGAGGACAAGACAGAAGAGUGUCUCAAAAUCUGCCUCAAGCUCUGCUAG